AUGCCCUCAUACAUAAAUAUGGAGUGUUUUGAUCAUAUUCCAAAAUCUGAAUUUCAAGAAUCAGAGAAUACAUUUGUGUCAAGGUUGAAAAAGAAGAAAAGAAUUAAAGAGGAUUCAAUUGUGUUCCACUUCAUUCAUAAUCGUAAAAUCAUUGCAAGAUUUAGGUUUAAUCAAUUCAUUGCAAAACAUUAUGGUAUAGUGAAAAUUGCAGGUGCUAUAGAAUAUAAGACAAUAUAUAAAGAUUACAAAGGAAUAUUGAGUGAAGAAGAAUUAACUUCCAAGGGAAUCACUAGAGCUAAAGGUUUCAAAUUCAUUUUAGAUCACAAGGGGAAUGUCCUAAUUGAAUAUGAACAAAUUUUCAAAUACGUUUCUCAAUUUUAUAAAGAUGGAUUAUCCAUUUGUAAAAAUCAUACCAAAAAAAUUGUUAAUAUUGAAGGUAAAAUGAUCACUAAAGUUUUCCAUUAUUUGGAUUAUAUGAUGUUAAUCCACAAAUUUAAUUGUUCUAGGUAUGAACAAGAUCCUGACAUUUCUCAAGAAAACUUUCAAGAUGAUGAUUCACCUAAAUUCAAGCGUGCUACACCUAUUUUUGGCAUUCAAAGAGCAAACAAUGAACAGCAGGAAAAUAUAGCCCCUGAAGAUAACUUUAUAGAUUUAACCACUCCAGAAGCUUUAAAUAUCCAAAGGGAUGGAUAUCCAUCACCAGUCUCAUCAAAUUCAUCAGCUGAUUCAACAAUUUUAACCAUAGAUAUUUCACCAAUUGCUUUACAUCGUACCGCUAAAAAUAGGAUAAGCAAAAGAAGCAAUAUGAACAAUCAGCUUGCAGAAUUAUCAGAUACCCAUGAUCCCAAGUUGGAAGCUUGA